UGUGAUACUACUGCUAUGGAUGUAGCUGCUGCUAACGGGCACCUCGAUGUAGUUAAGUGGCUUCAUGCAGCGCGUUCUGAGGGAUGCUCGACGGAUGCUAUGGCUUUAGCUCUAGCAUACGGUCAUUCGGAAGUGGUGCAGUGGUUACGUUUGAACUAUCCCGAAGAAAGCUCCACAGAGGCGACACAGAUGUCACGAACUUGA